AUGGAACAAAAUCGCUCCGGCUUCCCCUUGACUUAUGGCGCCUCUGUGUCAGACUGGCUGGUGUUUGCGCAGAAUGACCCUCUGCUGUACCACCGUUCAUCCUCACAGCUGCCUAGCAACGCAGAUAUCGUAAUUAUCGGCUCUGGUAUGACUGGGACAUUGGUAGCCAAGCACUGCAUCGAAGCGUGGCCUGACAAAAAGAUCGUCGUCCUCGAAGCCCGCGGCUUCUGUUCUGGUGCCACCGGACGUAAUGCAGGCCACUGCAAGCCGGAUCAGUAUCGGGGAUUUACCGACUUUAAGGAGAGGUUUGGCACCGAGCAAUCUCUCAAGAGUAACGCACGACCCAGCGGAAGCUGUUACGAUUCCAAAGCCUGCUACGCUUGGCCCGCGGCCACUCUAAACCCAUGGAAGCUUGCGGCACACGUUAUGCGGGAGAGUCUGAAGCGUGGUGUCAAUCUGCAGACCAGGACCGAAGUCUCUCGGGUUGUCCAUGCCACCAACGCGUACAUCGCAGCACUAGAGCCAUCUCUCCGCGGCAUCAUCAGUCCCUGCCCUCAUAUUUGUAACAAAGUCCAGCCACCUGUGACUCUCACCGAGCCUACUGCUUUGAAACACUCCUACGGAGUUGUGCUUCCUGAAGGAGGUCUUUACACCAUUAACCCUCAAAUUCCCACCAAGGGCCCUUUAUUGUUUGGUGGUAGCAAUCCCGGCCAAGCAGAGUUCGGGAACUGGAUCCGAGAUCACCCAGAGAGAUCGGUUAACGACAGUUUGCGUAGUUUCUCUUCAGUAUCGGCAGCUCUUGAGGAGUUUACCAAUUCGCAGAUGCUUGGUUGGCAGGCGUCCGGCAAGGUCGAAGGCGGCCACUACCAGCAAGGUUGGAGCGGCAUCAUAGCGUUGGUGAGUGACCACAUCGAGAAGGGAAGGUCAAGUUCUAACAGUCAUGUAGAGUGCCGACAGCGUACCAUUUGUCGGACAAAUACCAGGCCUUCCAGGCCAGUGGGUCUGCGCUGGUCACCACGGACAGUGAGUUCUCUGUCCUUCCCUCAACAGUAA